UUAAGUUGUUCCAUGCCUUCAGCAACAUCACCACAGUUAAGUUGUUCCAUGUCUUCAGCAACAUCACCACAGUUAAGUUGUUCCAUGUCUUCAACAACAUCACCACAGUUAAGUUGUUCCAUGUCUUCAGCAACAUCACCACAGUUAAGUUGUUCCAUGUCUUCAGCAACAUCAUCACAGUUAACAACAUCACCACAGUUAAGUUGUUCCAUGUCUUCAGCAACAUCACCACAGUUAAGUUGUUCCAUGUCUUCAGCAACAUCACCACAGUUAAGUUGUUCCAUGUCUUCAGCAACAUCACCACAGUUAAGUUGUUCCAUGUCUUUAACAACAUCACCACAGUUAACAACAUCACAACAGUUAAGUUGUUCCAUGCCUUCAGCAACAUCACCACAGUUAAGUUGUUCCAUGUCUUCAGCAACAUCACCGCAGUUAAGUUGUUCCAUGUCUUCAGCAACAUCACCACAGUUAAGUUGUUUCAUGUCUUCAGCAACAUCACCACAGUUAAGUUGUUCCAUGUCUUCAGCAACAUCACCACAGUUAAGUUGUUCCAUGUCUUCAGCAACAUCACCACAGUUAACAAGAUCACAACAGUUAAGUUGUUCCAUGCCUUCAGCAACAUCACCACAGUUAAGUUGUUCCAUGUCUUCAGCAACAUCACCGCAGUUAAGUUGUUCCAUGUCUUCAGCAACAUCACCACAGUUAAGUUGUUUCAUGUCUUCAGCAACAUCACUACAGUUAAGUUGUUCCAUGUCUUCAGCAACAUCACCACAGUUAAGUUGUUCCAUGUCUUCAGCAACAUCACCACAGUUAACAACAUCACCACAGUUAAGUUGUUCCAUGUCUUCAGCAACAUCACCACAGUUAAGUUGUUCCAUGUCUUCAGCAACAUCACCACAGUUAAGUUGUUCCAUGUCUUCAGCAACAUCACCACAGUUAAGUUGUUCCAUGUCUUCAGCAACAUCAUCACAGUUAA